AUGAAGGUUCUCACAGCAAUGCUGGAAGCCAGAGCACUGCUCUCCAUAUGCCACCUGACCUACCUAGAGGAAACCUCUUUUAACAACCAAGAAGUAGCAGUUCGCCCACCACCAAAAUGUGAUUCAUUUUCAAACUACAUGUGCACCAAAGAAUUUGAUCCAAUUUGUGCGAGUGAUGGCCAAACAUAUAGCAAUGUUUGCAUAUUCUGCAGUGCCAAGCGAUGUGGUUCAUAUGCAAGCCACAUUUGCAACAAUGAAUUUGAUCCAGUCUGUGCGAGUGAUGGCUACACAUAUCAAAAUAGCUGCAUGUUUUGCAGUGCCAAGAGUAGGACAAAUGGAACGCUCUCAUUCCUUUAUUAUGGCACUUGCUAUGACACCUGA